AUGGAGCAAUGCCUUGACCAGAACCAGGAAUUCGUGGAUCUGAUAACUUCGGAAAGAUUAUGUGGUGAGUCUUCGAACAGAAGUAGCCCUUCCUACGACGCAAGCGGUAGUUUCCUUGAGAAAACGAAGAACCUUUUUUGUUCUGGCGUGUUUUUGAAGGGCGUCGCUCAUGCUGUGGGAUUCUGGAAUCCCAGAAAAGGAUUAAGUGCUUUAAUGGCAAUAAUCGUGUUAUUUCUGGAUGUUUAUUAUCUCUUUGAAGCCGUGUACUACGCUUUUCUUUGCGGCUAUUUUGAAACUCCCCUCGAUCAAUGGAUGUGUCCAAAUGCUUCCCAAAACUCGUCAUCAACUCAUAACAUACCCGUACUUGCAUUUCUGCAUGGAGUUGAGUUGGUCAAUAUUUUAUCCUUGGUUGCCUGCCUCGCUGUGCUGAUGUCUAAUACAGCUUUCUUCUGGUGUAUGUGGAACACGAAACGUCACACUUCAAAUUGCGUGACAUUAGAAAAGGCCUACUCCUCGGCAGGUCGGUCAUUGUGGGUCCGCCUGAAUUGCACCUUGCUUCUGUUUGGUUUCUCUCUCGUGAUAAUGAUUGUUUGGUUUAAUUUGACAUUUAAAGGACUUUUUAUCAAUAACUUGUCAAUCUCCCUGAGCAUAAUUCCCCGGUUGGCAACACUAACUAGUUGUUUUCUAUUUUCUUUGAUCACCAACGCAAUGAAGGAUUGCGUGACAUCAUGCCAAGCAGAAGUCAGAAACUCUAUCAACAGUAGCUUAGAUGACAUCAUACGCAUUCAUAAACAUCUUUGUGAACAGAUCUUCUGUACUUCUGACUCCUUGAAGCCGUGGUUUGUGAUUCACUGGUUUCUAUUGGCUGUAACAGCAGUCAUUUAUGUAGCAGACAUGGUGGAGUUUUUCCAUAAAAAUGCUACAGGGUGGUAUGAUUUCUAUCAAGUCACUCUCAUAAGUGCAAUUUAUUUAUAUGCAUUUGUCUACCCCAGCUACUGCGCUGCAUCAGUGACUUCAAGAUGCAAUCAAAUGCUCAAAGAACUUAACUUAACUUCGAAUGACGAAUGGGAUACAGGACACCCAUUUCAUAGCCGCACGCAACUGGCUCUGUUCAUUCAAUAUGCACAGUACACUGACUGUGGCUUCCGAGCAGGCGAGGUCACUUUUGGCUCCAAUUUUGCGUGGUUUUCAACACUUAUUGCAAUGUGUGGAGUUGGCGUGAAAGUUUUGUGA